AUGUUAAAAAAGGAUAUCAGUCUUUGUGAGGAUUCUGUUUUUUGUUAAAAGCCUAAAUGCUAAUUAGAUCACUCAAGAUAAUAUCAAGGUUUUUGCAUUUAUUUAUAUAAUCUCUAAAUGUAAAAUGGAGAAGAUUAAUAAUUAAAGUGCUUAAUCUAAAAUUGUAAAUUAAAACACCACUCAGAAGAAACAUAUCAAUCUAAAUUAAAUACUUAACCUAUUAACGGAAUCUAUCAUCAUAAUUUAUGCGAAACUUAAUGUGAAGAUUAUAAAUGUUAGUAUGUUCAUGUUAAAUGGGCUAAAGGAAUAUGUAAUAAAGCUCUAUUUGGAACUUGUAAAAGUUAAGAAUGUAAAGAUAAGAAAAGGCAUCUAAAUUGGCAAUCACUUAGGUAAGAGGCUUACUCAAAAUAUAAUAUAGAAAUAUUAGGUCAAUAAUAUAACCCAGAAAAUUUAGAUUUAGAUGAAAAUUGCAGAAGAAUUUUGGAAAAAGAUUUCAAAUUUUGCAUACCCUAUUUUCAAGGAAAAUGUCCAUUUAAAUAAUGCUCUAAACUGCAUAAAUAAUGGGAAGAAUUAAAAAAUAGUCAUAACUUUUAGUUUCUUUUUAAACCUUGUACUUAAUUAGAAAAAAACUAAAUCAGCGAAAAUUAUUAAUAAUAUAAAAUAUCAGAAGCUCAACUUUUCUGUGAAGAAUAAUAACUCAAAAAACUUAAAUACAAUGUAAAUAAAUCAAAUUUUAUUGACAUUAUAUUUAUAAUGGAUCUAACUGGAUCGAUGAAACCUUGGAAAUAAUAGAUGGAAUUACACAUUUAACAUAUCAUUGAAUAGUUUUAGGCUGAAAAUCUAGAGAUUUAGAUUAGAGUUGGUUUUGUUGGAUAUAGAGAUAUUGGUGAUAAGGAGAAGAUUGUAUAUCAUCCCUUAACUGAUUAAGUAAAAAGUAUUAUAAGUUUUGUGAAAUCUUAACAAGCAAAAGGAGGGGGAGAUGAAGCUGAGGAUAUUAUAGCAGGAUUAGAAUAGGCUUUAAAAUUGAACAUUUCUUAAUAUCCUUAAAGUCUCCUGAUUACUUAUCUAUUCUGUGAUUCACCAAAUCAUGGUAGAUAAUACCAUAAUGAAACUGAAAGCAUAGAAGAUUAAUUAAAGAGUUAAAUAAGUCUAAAUGCUUUAGAAUCAGUUAUUUUAAAAUUCAAAACUAAGAAAAAAAAUAGCUAUUUCUUUUGUGUAGAAAUUACAAAGAAAACUUAAUCAAUGUAUAAUAUUAUGAGGAAAAACUUUGAAAAUUUGUCAAUACUUAAAGUGGAUUAAACAGAAGAUUUUUCUGAAUUAGUGUAAUUUACUCUAUCGAAAACAAUUGAAGCCUCUCUCAGAUCUUCACAAUUUAGUUUAAAUGGGGGAAAUAAUUCUUACAUUUCAAACAAUUUCAUAAAGGCAGAAUACGAAAGGUUUUAACAAAAAGAUUUAAAUUAUUAAGCUGAAAACAAAUAAUUAGACUAUUGGAAGCAAUUUAUUAAAAACUUAAAUGCUCAUCAAUAAUUAGGAGAAACAUAUUUAUAACUUAAUGAGAAAAAUGAAGAUUUUGAUGUAGAAUAUGCUAAUUACGAUGAAAGAAUUGAUGAAUUUUAUAGUGGAAUAAUAAGUACUGGUUAAGUUUAUAGGACCUCUAUCAUGGGAACAAAUAAUUAUACCUAAAAUACUUAAUUGAAAAUACAGAAGGAAUAAAGAACUUGUGUAUAUAAAGGGUUUGAUGCUAUUUAAAAUAAGUAUAUAAUAAUUAAAAUUCCAACUACUUAUAUUAAAGAAUUUGAGGAUUCAAAAAAAAAUGGAAAACCUAUUUCCUAAGAAAGUAUCAAGUAAACUGAAGAUUAUGCUAGAGCUCGAUAUUAUACAACAAACAUAGCAAACCAAAUGGCUUAUAAAUUUAGAAAUAAAUUAUAGAAACUUAAUAUUGAUGGAAUUCCUCCAAUAUUUUAUGUUGAUUGUUCAAUUUAUAAAUUAGAAAAGCCUUUUAAAGGAAUUACUACAAUAUAUGGAGAAACAUUUAUAGUUGGAAACAAAGAUUGGAGAAAAAUAACAUCAAAUUAAUGUUCAUUAACCAAAAAUUAAGCUAAAGAAUUUUAUUAUACAUCAUUCAGUCAUUUUACUUAUGAAGAAAGUCAAGAAAAUUUAGUUAUUUUAGAUUUGCAAGGUAUUGGAAAUAUUUUAACUGAUGCUUCCAUUCAAACAAAAACUAAUUACAGUAUGGAGUUAUAAAUGGAUGAUACUAAUUUAAGAGAAAUAGGAUUAGAAAAUUUUAAAAAGUAACAUCGUUAAUGUAGUAUAAUAUGUAAAAGGCUAAGACUUAGUAGAAAAGGCUUUAGUGAAUAAUAGAUGGAUUUAAAUACAAUUGAGUGGAAUGGUGGUGAUAUUCAUUAUAUUUGUUAAAUCUGUAAAUAAAUUAAUAGUUGCUUAUUAAGUGAAUAUAAAAAUGAAAAGGAAAUGAAAUGUAGUGAGUGUAAAAAAUUAGAAUACUUAGAAGAAGAAAUUGAAUGUCGAUGUUGUAAAAAGAUUUAUAAAUCUAAAUUAUCUAAGGAAAUACUCACUUUAUACUAAUAUAAACAUUGUCCAACAUGCAUAUUAGAAUGUCAUAAAAAAAAAAAGUAAUGUUAUUAUUGUGAAUGCUAUCACAAAGACGAUUUAGUCGACAUCGAAAACGAAUAUGGAGGUUACAGCAUAUGUGUGGAUGGAAAUAGAUAUCUAUAAGGCCUGAAAUGCAAAAUUUGUUAGGCCAAAUUUAAUAUGAUAAAUGAAAAGCUUAGUCCAGAGUAAUAUAAUAAAAACUUUUAUAUUUGCAAAAACCAUUGA